GGGGCUUCUUUCGGCGCCUCGCGUGUUCCGGCGUGGGCCCUGCUCCCGAGGCCGAGGGUCACGGUUCUCGGUGCUGCCAUGGCGCAGCUCGCUCUACUCCUCCCCCUUCUGCUCUGCGCCGCCGCGGGACCCGCACUGGGCUGGGACCGACCAGGGAAGGUUCUGCUGCGGGAUGUUCAGGCGCUCACUCUCCACAGAAGGCAAUACACAACAUCCAGGCGGACAGCUGCGGUCCCUCAGCUGCAGUGCACAGGAGGCUCUGCAGGGUGUUCCCGUGUCCCUGAGGUGGUUCAGUGUUACAACAAAGGAUGGGAUGGCUAUGAUAUACAGUGGCAGUGCAGAGCAGACUUGGAAAAUGCCUACCGUUUUGGGCAAAUGGAAGUGAGCUGUGAAGGUUACGAUUACCCAGAUGAUCCUUACAUACUACGAGGCUCCUGUAGUUUGCUGUUCAGUCUAGAGCUGACUGGAGAAGGUGAAAGGAAAGUGAAGAACUCUGGAAGCUUUGGGUCUAGCUAUUACCAGUCGAGGAAAGAUUAUUCUGAUUCUGGUUCUGGAGCAAUUGUUGUAAUUGUUCUUCUCGUUCUUGCUUUUGGAGUAUACAAGUUAUUCCUCAGCGACCAACAGUCUCAGCAGAGUUCUGGGCACAGUGAUGGCUUCUCUCAGCCCUUCUGGCGGAGUCAGCAGGCGCCUCCUCCUCCUGGUUUUAAGUCCACCUUCACAGAUGACAACAGCUUUGGAACUCAUUCCCAUCAUGGAACCAGUUCAGGACCAGGAUUUUGGACUGGAUUAGGAGCAGGAGGCUUGCUAGGCUACUUGGCAGGCAGUCACAGAGCGCAGCCAAGUUCCCUGUAUCACAGUAUGUGGACAGAUCCCACAGCUAUACCUCCUAUGCAUGGGCACUCAAGGAAUUCCACAGAAGGAAGCAGUUCAGGAACAAGAACUGCCUCUGGCUUUGGGGGCACAAAGCGAAGAUGAAAUCCUUGACAUUAUUACGUCAGAGUUAUUGAACUAAAUCUUGUGUACUUGUACUUCUUUUAGCAGUAGUAUACUUCAGAAGUGGAUAUGUGAAUUCAUGUGAACUUUACUGUAAGUGCAGUCAGCUACUCAGAUAAGUAUCAGAGUUCUUCCUCAGUGGAAAAGAGCAAAACUGUAUAUAAAGAGAUUAACAUUAGUAUGUUUGUAUCUGUGCUGUGUGACUGUUGGAGCAAAAAUGUGCAGAUUCCUGGAUUCUCCAAGUUACAGAGUUUAUCAAAGGUGACUGUGACAACCUGGAGGACUGUGUCUGUAAGUUAUUGGGGGUAAAUAAGUAACCUGGAAAUUUGGACCUUUUUCUAGAACACUCAGGUAAUUAAAUUCAGGUUUGCCUGCAUUGAGACCACAGAUUUUCCAUUUAAUGGUGGAUUUUGAUGGUUGGCAAUGCUGUGAAAACCUGUGAUGUGAGAGUGGUCUGUCCAGAGCAUAGUAAACCAAAAAUGCUCAUUGCAAAAGGGAAGGGAAUGUUCUUAAUGCAGAGAUGAUAGAAUCUCUGGGACACAGCAGUCUUUGAUACUAAGCAAAGAAAGGAAAUUAAAUAUCUAAAGGGAUGUAAAUUCCACUUCCCCAAAUGUGCUUUUUAAAAACAAAGUGCUGUUGAAGAGUGGGAAGCAGAGGGGCCUUGCUUUGUUCCGUGGUUAUAUUUUGGGGCCUCUGUGAAGUGUCAUCCAGUUCUUGGGUGACUUAUUAUCUCCUGGAAGAGGCAUUGCUGAAUAAAAAUUGCAGAGAAAUUUCUCAGGAUUAUGAGGAGAGGGGAAGAGUGAAAAAUGGGCUGCUUGAUCACCAACUCUUCUCAAGAGCCUAUCCUAACAGAGUGUAGAAGUGUUUGUGUGAGCACAGCUUGUGUAUGCUGGCAGCAUGCAGAGAAGCGUUGUCUUUCAGCCUUAUGAAAAUACUGUGUCUGGGAAUUGGUUUCAGCUAUUACAACGAAAGCAAAGCAUUGAUACAGGUUGCAUCUCCACAAGAUUAAGUUGGUCUAGUUAGUCUAAGAAAGUUACUUCAGCAUAACUCAGGGAAAAGCAACCAUGUCCAUUCAUGAAUGCAGAAGGAAUUAGCUCAUAUGGUAACACCCAAGUUCAGUGUAUGGCUUAAGCAACCAAAAGAGAGCAAACCAAACCAGCAAAUCCCAGAAGUCUAUGAAGUCAACAGCCAGAAAAAAUGCUUCGUGAAAAAGUGCUUGUACUGAAAGUGUUAUUUUGAAAGUAUCAAAUGAAAUUGAUAACUUGAGGGUGGAAUGGUAGUUUGUUUCUCAGAGCUACCUGAGAGUUGGAGGAAAAUAACUGCAUUAAUAGCCUGCACUGUGAACCUAAAAAGGGAAAUGGCAAAGACCUUACCAAUGGCCUCCUAGAAAGCUCUACCUUUAAUGAGAAGAAGUCCAUGGUAAAUCUCCUAUCUUUAUGACAAAGUGCAGCAAAAGAAUAUAUUUUGAAUAUGUAGUUCUUACUUAUUUCUAAGUGUAUUCAGGUUAAGCUUGUCACAGUCAAUAUUUGCUUUGCCAACUAAUUGCAUAACAAUGAAACUGGAUUUUUUCUAAGUGGGUAGUUUGAAGCCAAAGUUUGCUCUUAAAUUACAGUACCCUAUGAAAUGUUUUAGACAAUGUUUUCAUUUGUAUUUAUAGUUUCUGCAUGAAAUGUGAUUUGAUAAAUAAAUCUGCUACAUAAAUCUACCAUAGCUCCUGAAUCUGUUUGGAUAUGCUUGUCCUUCCCUCUGAUAAAGGAAUGAAGUAAGUGAAUAAGCAGUAUUUUUGUCUUUAAAUCAUUAUCUUGAGACCUACAGGGAUGGCAUUGUCUGUUUUCUCAGAGUUCUCCGUCUUAUCAUCCACUUUCGGGGUAAAUAAUAUCAUCCUUUACACCCAGAUGCAGAGUGGGUAAGUUGUAUGUUGUUUCAUUAAAAUAAUACUGGGAAUAGAGUUACUGUAUUGAUUAAGUUUUCAGUAGCAAAAUACUGAAUCCUAUAAGGAAGGCUUUCUUGUAAAUCACAGUUAGGGAUCUGAGUCUGCAGAAGAGCCCUGUUAUGUCAUCAAGUUCCUGGUUUCACAAGGUGGUGAGCUGAACCCUUCAAAUGAAUUUUUUAUCACUGCUGCUGUUUCUGGUUAUGGACAGAGCAGAACUCUACACAGGCAUAGCCUAAGGUGAUGCAUUGGCUUUUUACAUGGAGGAUGUGUCACUGCUGAACAGAUACCUGGUCUGCACAGAGAGUUCAACGUCUUGGCAGUUGUAAACUGGGGUUAAAUGGAGGCCUGCAAAUUCUGCUAUUGGUGUUUCCUUCAUCAAAUAUUGCUGAUGCUCCCGAGUGAAAAGAACUUGUGGAAGGCAGUCUUGUGCUCAUAUUUGUGAGAGACCUUGAGCUUCCUUCCUGAACAUCAGAUCUGGAAGAUCCUAGUCUCCCUUCUGCUCCUGGUUUUGGCAGCAUCUUCACAGCAGCUUCAUAGUUACAAGGCAUAAAUGCUUAGACUGUUAAAUGCUGUUGUAGAUAGUUGACCUGGGACCAGAACUGCUUGUACUUUGACUAGGCUUACAUCCUCACACAAAUGAAACUCCUGGUUUUACAGCUGACUUCCCAUGAAGCAUGGGAUGAAAG